UCUCUGACUUUCACCAGUCGAAUUUUGACGGAGCAAAGUGACGCCCUUUUCAAUUUAAUGUUUAAACAGUAACCGAAGUCCUCGUUUUGAUUUCUUGUACUGCUCUUUGUUAUUCUGCUUUUUCGUCUCUGCUGCGACCCAGAAAAAGCCCAACCCUGACUGCCCAGCCAUAGACAAUGAAGGGGAACGGGACAGAGAAGCUGCUUUGGGAUCAUAUGAGGAGCCCCUCCGGUAAUCCCGUUUCCGUCUCCGCAGUUCCAUCUCGAGUUCUCACAAAGCUCUUGGUCUUUCUCAUUCUUGUGAUCUCUGUGACCUACAUUAUUUACACUUUGAAGCUCGUUUCCACUUCUAGCCCUUGUCAUCAACAAGGCUCCUUCAACUCCUACCAUCUCUCGCCCUCAUCUUCUUCUCGAACCUCCAACAUUACAGUCGCCGCCGUGCAGGCGAGGCGCAAUCGGACGGCUCAAGUUGUCCGACUAGAAGAGAAUCGGAAAAGCCCCCAAGCAACAGGGCUCCAUCAAAUUGUGUUCGGCAUUGCAGCUUCUGCAAGGUUAUGGGAGCAGAGAAAGCAUUACAUCAAGGUAUGGUGGAGACCCGAUAAGAUGCGGGGGAUCGUAUGGUUGGACAAGCCCGUAAAGACCCACAAGGAUGAAGGGCUGCCUCCCUUGAAGAUCUCAGACGAAACGUCCCAAUUUCCUUACACGAACCGACAGGGUCACCGUUCAGCGAUUCGGAUCUCAAGGAUCGUGUCCGAGACACUGAGAUUGGGAAUGAAGAACGUGAGGUGGUUCGUGAUGGGAGAUGAUGAUACGGUGUUCAUCCCAGAGAAUCUGGUUAGGGUUUUGUCGAAAUACGACCAUAAUCAGUUCUACUACAUCGGGAGCUUGUCGGAGAGCCAUUUACAGAAUAUAUACUUCUCUUACGGCAUGGCCUACGGCGGGGGAGGAUUCGCCAUCAGCUACCCAUUGGCCAAGGCGCUUGAUAAAAUGCAAGACAGGUGCAUUCAGAGGUAUCCAGGCUUGUACGGCUCCGAUGAUCGGAUGCAAGCUUGCAUGGCUGAGCUCGGUGUACCUCUCACGAAGGAGCUUGGCUUUCACCAGUAUGAUGUGUAUGGCAACUUAUUUGGGCUCCUCGCGGCCCACCCCGUGACGCCUCUAGUAUCGUUGCACCACAUCGAUGUAGUGGAGCCCAUCUUCCCCAAUGUAACCCGCGUCGAGGCCCUGCAACGGCUCAUGGUGCCAAAGAAGCUCGACUCGGCGGGCCUCAUGCAGCAAUCCAUCUGCUACGACAAGCCAAAGAGUUGGACCGUCUCUGUUUCUUGGGGCUUCGCCGUUCAGAUAAUCCGGGGAGUGUUGUCGCCCCGGGAGAUGGAGAUGCCUUCAAGAACUUUCCUCAAUUGGUACAGAAGGGCUGAUUACACUGCCUACGCCUUCAACACCCGCCCCGUGACCCGGAAUCCUUGCCAAAAGCCUUUCGUCUUUUACCUCUCCACCGCAAGAUACGAUCCCGCCACAAAGCAGACCGUGAGCGAGUACCUUCGGCAUCAAGUUCCACAUCCAGCUUGCAGGUGGAAGAUGCCUGAUCCUGCAGGUGUUGAGAGCGUGGUGGUUUAUAAGAGACCCGACCCCCAUCUAUGGGACAAGUCUCCGAGGAGAAACUGUUGCAGGAUCUUGCCUUCAGUGAAGAGUGAGAGCAUGGUUAUUGAUGUGGGUGUAUGCAGGGAAGGUGAGAUAAGUGAAAUAUAGAAAGAAAAAAAAAAGGAUAAAGAGCAUAAAAUAACCCUUCCUCUUCCUCCUCUUUCUCAAUUUCUCAAUGUUAUUUGUUUAUUUAUUUUUAUUAGAAAAAAAUGAAAUUAUACGGGAAUUACAUGUUGUUGAUAGAUAUAUCAAUCAAUGAGCAUAAAAAUAAAUGUCAAAUUUCCUUCUUGGUGGAUAAUGUAUUCUGAAGGCCUCGUUUGUUUGUUUACAGUGUAUUUUCAUUUAUACUGAUGCAAGAGCAUAGGAGUGCAAAUGAUAUUAGUUCAGAUUCCGAUUCA